UCAUUUAUUUAUUUAUUUUUAUUGGGGGAGGGAGGUUGUUUAAAGAUGCAUGGCUACCUUAAGAUUAUAUAAAAAGGUAAUAGAACUCACAUGAAUUUCAACGAUUUCCUUAUAGAAAGUUCCUUCAUUAUUACUCUGCCUCUCCGUUGUUUACUAUAAUGGCACAAGUGGGGGAGAAAGGAUCUGAAAAUGGAAGAGAUGAUUAUACUGAAGAUGGAACCGUGAGUCUCAAAGGUUUACCUGUCUUAAGAUCAAAGACUGGGAGAUGGAGAGCCUGUUCCUUCAUUGUUGCGUACGAGGUGUUUGAGAGGAUGGCAUACUAUGGAAUUGCAACAAACUUAGUGGUGUAUUUGACCGAUCGACUUCAUCAAGGGAUUGUGACAUCAGCCAAUAAUGUCACCAACUGGGUUGGCACUGUGUGGAUGACACCAAUUAUAGGUGCCUACAUUGCUGAUGCUUAUCUCGGCCGAUACUGGACCUUUGUAUCGGCUUCUGCAAUUUACCUCACUGGAAUGGCCCUGCUUACCAUGGCAGUUUCAUUGCCAUCGCUGAGACCACCGCCAUGCGGCAAUGAAGGAAAAGACGGUCACUGUGACAACCAAGCCUCGCCUCUCCAAGUUGGGGUUUUCUACUGUGCAUUGUACAUAAUUGCAAUUGGAACUGGUGGUACCAAACCCAACAUCUCUACAAUGGGAGCUGACCAAUUUGAUGAUUUUGAGCCUAAGGAACGAAGCCAAAAGCUCUCCUUUUUCAACUGGUGGAUGUUUAGCAUUUUCUUUGGCACUCUGUUCUCCACCACUUUUUUGGUUUACACUCAAGACAAUGUAGGUUGGGGCCUUGGAUAUGGGAUUCCAACGAUUGGGCUUUCACUUGCUGUGCUGUUCUUUUUGAUGGGCACUCCAUUCUACAGGCACAAAUUGCCUUCAGGAAGCCCUUUCAGCAAGAUAGCUAAGGUGAUUGUAGCUGCUGUUAUGAAGUGGAAUGUACCAAUUCCUAAUGAUUCAAAAGAGCUUCAUGAGAUUAAUCUGGAAGAUUACACUAAUUCAAAAAAGAGUAGGAUUGAUCAUACAAAUUCGUUAAGAUUCCUUGACAAAGCAGCAGUUCGGAGUCCUACAAGCGAAGCAUGGACUCUAUGCACAGUUACUCAAGUUGAAGAAACAAAGCAAAUGAUUAAAAUGAUGCCCAUUCUAUCAGUGUCAUUCAUACCAAGUGCACUUGUUGCACAAGUGGGAACAUUAUUCAUCAAACAAGGCGCCACCCUCGACAGGAGCAUGGGUCCCCAUUUUCAAAUUCCUCCAGCAAGCCUUUCAGCUUUUAUAACAAUCUUUAUGCUGAUCACCAUCGUCAUCUAUGACCGUUUAUUUGUUCCAUUUGCUCGUCGAUUCACCAAAAACCCUAGAGGGAUCACAUUGCUGCAAAGAAUGGGUGUAGGACUGGUGCUGCAAAUCAUUGUCAUGGUCAUAGCAUGUAUUGCUGAAAGAAUGAGACUGAAAAGCGUUAGAGAAAACCACACUUUUAAACAAAAUGACCAGGUUCCACUCACCAUUUUCAUACUCCUUCCUCAAUUUGCUAUAACAGGGAUAGCAGAUGCCUUUGUAGAAGUAGCAAAGCUUGAGUUCUUCUACGACCAAGCGCCAGAAGGCAUGAAAAGCCUUGGCACCUCAUAUUUCACCAGCAGCUUGGGAAUUGGGCAUUUCCUGAGUAGCUUUUUACUGAAGACCGUAGCUGAUAGAACGGCAAAAAACCAUACGAAUUGGAUUUUGGACAAUCUAAACGUUUCUCAUUUAGACCAUUAUUACGCAUUACUAGGCCUCUUGGGCUUCAUCAACUUUUUCUUCUUUCUCACAGCUGCAAUGUUCUAUGUUUAUAACGUUGAUAGUGCAGAAUCCAAAAAGGAAAUAACCACGACAUUGCUAAAUACAGAAGCUGCAUCGGAUCAAGUCCCAAAAAUCCAACCAGCCUGAUAUUAUUUUAGCUAUAAAACGGGUUACGUUGGCGUACUCCAUAGAAAAAUGCUCAGCAAAAGCUACAUUUUACUUUACCAAAGUUGUUAUCAGUUUAACUUUUUGUUAUACAAUCAGAAUAUGUAACAUGUAAUAUUAUCACCUAAAGCCACAAAUGUCAAAAGGGAUAGACAUGGUUAUGAUGGAACAGAUUGUGUUCUAUCAUUGUAUCUUUAUUGAUACUCUGAUUACAAGAAUUAAAUAGAAUAGUAAAUGAACGAAUUGAGUUCGAAUUGAGAAACCCAAUUCGGUUACAAUCUCUUUGUUA